AUGACGCGCACAGGAGCUUCGUCGGAUGGAUUCCCUGCCGACCGUUACUUGAAAACCAGAACGCCCGAGUCCUGGGAUAUGAUCGAUUUCCUAAAGAGCUUCAACCCAGAGGUGGACACUGAUGUUCGGCUGGAUCAGCGGAGACACUCGUGGAAGGAAGCCUUGCUACGGGUGGUCGCUGCUGCAGAUGAGUCUUCUAAUGAUAGGAAAGAGAAAGCCCAGCACCUACUGGGAAUCUACGAGCAUGAGGACAAGAGACGAUUUAGGGACUGGCGCGCCAACCUUAACCGUCGGGCCCAACCUGCAUCAAUUAGUAUCACCCAUUCCAAGAAGUUCUCAGUGAAUGUUAAUACACCCGGCGAAAGCAGCAACAGAGCGCUUCUAGGCGAGAGUGCUGGAAGUGUAAGGGGUGGAGUAAAGCCGAGGAAGAGCGGAAACUUGAAGGGAAAGACUUCCAAGCGUGCAAAUACCGGCGAAGCUGAAAGUAAAGAGUCUACUCGUGCGAAGCGGACUAAAGUCAACCGGGGUGACGACUUGACGCUUAAACGUCUCAGCCUUUUCAAGCAGAGACUUGCCGACAUUGACAAUGCGUCCAGAUGGUACUUUGAUGAUGCUAGUGUUGCUGUGGAGGACAGGCUUGCUGAAUACGUCUAUAAUAAUAAUGAGAGCGAGACACCAGCGCAUUCAUUUGUUCUUGAUACGGGCGAUCCUGAUGUUGAGAAAUUAUUCACCCCUGAGGAAUGGAUCAAGAUUAAGAAGCAACUUCCACAGCCCCCAGAUCCUGAUACGGUUUUGAAAGAUUAUCUAGACUUCUUUCGGAACAAAAAAACCGUAGAUGAAAUAUACGACAUUCUAGAACGUGGAGCCUACUUUACCGUCGCCGAUGAGGGCUUAGAUGGCUCCGCAAAGCGCCAGAAGAUAAACGACUACAAGAGCGGCCACAUCUCGCUCACUGACAAUCGAGAAAAGUGGUACCAGGGCCACGUCUGGACUGCUCUUUUUGACCGAGCGCUAGAAACCAUCCCCGAUCUCCGGAUCAUCAGCGGCGAGUGUCCGACCGAUGCUGCAGCUAUUAGAAAGAACCCCUCCAAAGCCUUGCCAGGAACCCGUAAGGCCCCCGGCCGUUUCCACGACGCUGUCAUCAAAUACACCCAGUUUGAACUAGGCGCGGUAGAAAACGGAAAGGAGUAUACUACUCCAACCGCUACUAAGUGGACAGAGGAUAUAAUGAAGUUGGUUAAAGUUAGCCGGGAUAUGAUUGUUAGACUCUAUUCCCGAUUUGGAAAAGACACAAACAAGUUACCGGUACUCGGAAUAGUAACGGGAGCGUUACACUUCAAGACCUAUUUCACGGUAUAUGGUGGCGGCACUGUGUGUAUCUUGGGCGCAAACCCGCGCAAACUCGAACUCCCUACAAAGAUCCAGCAUUUCGGACCCUUUGCGGCAGCAAUGAUGCAUGUGUGGGAUGUUGUAACUAUCAUGCGCGAGUGCACAGACACCCUGACACAGCUUCAGAAUUGUUUGGAUGAAGGUCCCCCGUUGGAGCUUAUAGGAUCCAUUGAAACCGAUCCUCCGACGCCGCCGGAGGACGAUCAGAAUGUUGACCUAGAGCCUGAGUAG